GUGUGUGAGCACGUGUACCAGCAGACCGCAUCAUGGUGCUGCGUAAGCACCAUCUGGGCAGGACAUGCGGAGCGGCCGUGCCUGCGGAGCCCCACACCUUUCCAGCUCUUACCCCCAGCGCAUCAUGGCAGGGCACCACGACAUGGAGUCCACCUCUCCCCAUGCAUCAAUCUGUGCAUGGCAGCACGUCAAGCCAUGCAUGGCACCUCUCCCAGCCACCUGGACUGCCACGGCACUUCCAUGCGCUCCCUCGUGGAUGGGGGUGCUAGGCAGGUCUCGGCCUCUUGGCUCUUACCCGCUUUCCCCUCCCAGGCCCUAUUCAGAAGACGUGCAGCCAAGAUUGGUAUUGUAACCCUUGUCACCGACUCCUUGGGCUGGGCCAUGAUCGCCCUCGAAGCGGUUUUUCUGGCAGGCAAUGUGCUCUGCCUCUUCCCUGCCUUUAUCGUCCUCGUCCUUCCGCAACAGCUAGGAGCUCCUCUCAUCGCUCCAUGA